AUGACAUACCAAGGAGAGAAUAUCAACACCGGCGAGCCAGAAAAUAUUGAUUUUACAUUUACCAUUUCCAAUCCCACUUUGAAAUUUGUUGGCACAAGAGGUCAGGUCGAGUUGGUCUAUGAUUUGGGUGGCAAAUAUGGCACAAAGGAUCGAGAUAUCCCCAAAGACACGAAGAUGGAGCUCACUGUCGACAUCACCAACCUGAAGGGGACUGUGGAAGAGCAUGGCGGUAGUACGGGCUUCAAAGUACAUGGGGGGCAGCUCAAGCCUGACGAGAAGACCAAGGAAACUCAAAAGCCCAACUACAUUGUUCAAUUCGAUAAUGCAAGCGCCGACGCUGCUCAAGGCAUCUGUCUGGUCUUCAGAGACGCGAAGUUACACAUCACCAAUAAAUCGACCGAUAAUGCAGUUAAGAGAACGGUUGCAAUGAUGGAGACCACUAUUCGACAGACGGCUGAGGACGAGACCAAAAAGCUCGACUUUCAAUAUUUCCUCGCCGGAGUGACCAACCAAGUGGAAGCUCUAUCGGGACCACAAGGCACCGUUACAACCCUAAAGCCCAAGUCAUUCUGUUUCACGCUGAUCCCAAGUGGCGAAAGCACCGGUGCCUUGAUCAUCUGGAUUGGUGUUGAAGGAGGGCAUGGUAAUGGAAGUCAGCAAUCCGGCAAGACUUCUCUGACCUUCCAUCCUAGCGAUUUUGACCGAUGUCCAAUUCCGAGUGAUAGCACGGCGAGUAUCAUCUUCCAGCAUGAUUUGAUUGCCAAUCAGUUCUUCAAGCCAACACUGGAGCAAAGCUUCACCGACGUGAAAGUAACGUCGACGAAAAGCACUGAUGGCAUAAAGUUGACCGGAAAGCUGAAGGAUAUACAUAUCAAGAUAAAUGGGUAUAAAGAAAGCUAUUGGGAAGGCAUUCGGCUCUUUCAUAAAAAGCUAUCUGGGGUAGACUUCUGGGCUUCCGACACAGAUUCAGAUAUCACCGUUGACCCAUCCAAUGCCGUCAAGGUCUCUUACACCAGUCUUCCCCAGAAGAACCUGGAAUGGGUGGAAGGCACUUCAACAGACUCGGGAAUACCUCACGGAAUGUUCGACCUGACCUUUAGGCUCAACAUUAGCGGGUCAUGGACGAAAGGAAGUGACCCGAAGCAACCUAAUAUUCUGGAGGUUGAGUUUACUAAGAAUAACACAUUCGAUGUCGAGGCCAAAGGGAAAAAACCGGGGUUUUUUGAUUGGAUGGGAUUUCAACAAGUGCCCGAUUUCUACAGCAAGUUAAAGGUUAAUGUGAAUAAGGACCUGCAAAUGGGGAGGCUUGAUUAUUUCCUCACAACUAAUCUUCUGUUCCCUGGCAAGCACGUUUUUAUUGCUGAUUCUCCUCUAGUUGAUGCUACUAAAAACCAUGGUUUGAUGGUGCCUCGCGAUGUUAUAUUAACUGGAAAGGUAGCAGAGAGUUUGACUUAG